UAUGAGCUUUUGGUAAAAAAGUUUGAUCAAAGUCCCUGACCUCUUUGUUCUACGCAAAACGAACAGAACUGGUCUUCAAGGCAAACUGAGCGUAUAUUCGUGACAUUUUAAUGUGUAUUAUAAUCUUUCGCAUAGAACUCGAUCUACAACGAUCCAGUAAUCCCCUUCCACAGGACCCCCCUCACAUAGUCACGUUUUAUAAAUAGUAGAUGUUUAGUAAUAUCCAGUUUUUAGAAACCGUAAACACCUUGAUAGUACGGUAAAAUGUGAGAAUUAACCAAACAUAUACCUCAGUUCGCAAACAUAGCAGAAGCCGAGUACAUCACGAUGACUAGGACAUUAGAUUAUAUCUAUGGGCGGCCAAAAGGUCCGCUACCCGAUGCCGUUGCGGCCACUAGACGUUUGUUGGGCAUGACUGAUGAGUCGAUACGUCGAGAUGUCUACGAACUUAUCCAGUGGCUUCGCGAACAGCCAGACCUGCCAAAUACACUGGAUGGAGUGGAGUUAGAAUGGUGGAUGGAGAAUUAUCUGGUUAUAAAUAAGAACGACGUAAAUAGAGUUAAAGAAAAUUUACCGGUAUACUUUCAACUGAAAACCAUCUUACCGGAGGUAAUGAACAACCGAGAUCCAAAAUUGGACGACGAUAUGAUAAAAGGAUAUAGUUCAACACUAUUAGCUUUAAUUCCUACGAUAAUGGAUGGUGGCCGAAAACUAGGAGUGUUUACGCAUCGUCCAGGUACGCCCGCAUCGGAUUACAAUCCAGUAGGUAUAGCUAAACAAUUGACGUGUAUUGCCGACCUUCUUCUCGCCCAAGGAAUGGAUCAUAUACGACUCGUGCUUGUCAUGGACUUGAAAACGUUACGGUUGGGUCAUUUAGCUAGAUAUCCAGUGGGAAUCUUACGACGUUUUUUCUUAUACGCUUGGAAAGCUUAUCCAGAACGCGUAGCCCAGAUACACAUAAUAAAUCCACCAGUCAUUUUGAGCGCAGGAUUGGCACUUUUCAAACCAUUUCUUAAGGCGAAAAUUCGAAAGAGAAUUAUUAUACAUCGCGAUAUUGAUUCCCUCUUUGAGCAAGUACCUAUAAAAUACAUGCCAAAAGAUUAUGGAGGUGAAUCUCCAUCAAUGAUUGAACUUCAUGAGGCCUGGCGUCAAAAGAUUAUAGACCAUCAAUUAUACUUAAAAACAUGUGUAGCUAAACAUAGAGUGCUGCAGCAAACAUAAACUAACAUUGGAUCUACUGAAACUAAUAAUUUGCCGGAAAACUAGGUUUUAAUUAUAAUUACAUUAUGACUGUAUGCGGUAUUAUACUUUUUAUUGAAUUAAUUAAUUAUUCCGAAAAAAAAGAAAUAUUAAUAUUUUACUUCAUGAUAUGUUAUUAUUCGAACUAUAUUUUUAUUAAUGUAUUCGUUAUUGUUUACUGUACAAUGUAAAAGGCAUAAUACAAAUAAAUAAUUUAUCAGACUUCGUUCAAAUCAUUGU